AUGAGGUCGAGGAAGUCGAGGAGUCCGCCGCGCUCAAAGCUUGGAAAGUCGAGUAGCCUUCCCAAUAUCAAGAAGGCUUAUGUCGCACCUUUGCAGCUGUGCUCAGUGGACCUUCAUGCUAGAACUUUCUCGAUCAAAGACAUCAAGAAAGGUGCGGUCGCGAGCCGCGGGAGCCAACGGCUACCUUUCAUGGCCUUUGAGAGAGGUGUAGAAUGGGAGCGGCCCGGAGCCAAAGCAACCGCACCUCCACCGAAGUUGCCGUCUCUUAGCCGAAUCAUGCAUUCCAUCCAGAGCAUGAACUUCUCGGAUCAGAGUUUGUCGGUGAUGACAAGCGGGAGUCUCCGAUCAAAUCCCGCUUUUGGUGGCUCUGGGCACUGCCGGGGGGGCCCGAAACUCCCACUGAAACACAGCAAGAAGAGGCUCGAAAGCCUGCUGCUGAAGGCACCCAGGAAAAGCUCCCCGACUCGGCCCUCCUCGAAGUCAAAGAAUCGGAAGAGGGCCGCCUGGGGAGGCGGUUUGGAGACGCACGAGUUCCGGGUGGACACCGUCGAUCUCGAAGAGCCCUUGGCUGUCGUUGAGGCUCAGGCUCCUGAGCCAAAAAAGGAAGAGAAGCUAGAGAAGAGGGAGGAAGAGUCGGACAGCUCCGAUUCCUCAUCCUUGACAUCGGACUCUUCUAGCGACUCGUCGAGCGACCUGGCAGACUCAAGUGACGAUGAGGAAGCUCUGCGGCUGUCACUGAAUAAGCGGAGUUCUGGACUCACCCGCCGGAUGUCAGCAUUUGCAAUGAUGCUGCCUUUACUGGACUCCAACAACCAGCCCGUUCGCCGAUCCUCCGUUGCGGAGGCAUUCCUGAAAAAAGUGGAAGACGAUGGGGAUGAGGGUGACAACGAUGCUGAACUGGACUUUCCCUGGAGCGACGAAGAAUGCCGCAGCGUCUUCAUCAAGUUCGACACCGAUACCGACGGUGAGGUGGCGACUGAGGAGCUGCAAAUGAUGCUCAGGUACAUGGGCUGCAUCCUUCGGCCGGGCGAGAUCGAAAGACUCGUCAAGGACAUGUUCAGCUAUGCCACCGUCAGUUGGGAGGAGUGGAUGACUUUUUUGGAGAGAUAUCGCGAGGUGGAUGAACAGUACCUCCGGGCAGAGUUCGGAGCCGCAGAUGCGGACGGGAACGGCGUCCUAGACGUUCAGGAGUUGCGCGCACUUCUGAACAAGAUGGGCUAUGUGACAGAAGCACACACUGUGCAAGAGGCCAUGGAGACAAUCGGCUGCGGGGUCUCCGGCUGUGUGAAUCUGCGAAAAUUCGAGAAGCUGCGGGAACAUCUGCGCUGCACCGAAGGCUUGGCCAAAGACGACGUCCAGGAGCUUCGAACUCUUUACGAUCGCAUGGCAAGAACUGCAAAGGCCGAAAGCAGGUCACGAAAAGUGGACAUCGGAGCUGGAAGUCAGAGUGAUAUUGCCAAGAAGCUGAUUGCUGAAACACAGGAGAUGCCCGUGGAAGAUGUUUCCCGCCUUGUCAAGUACUUGGGGUACAGUAUCACCGCGGACAAGCUCGAAGCCAUCGCAAAGGAGGUGGAUAAUGACGAGAGUGGGUACAUCAGCUUCCAGGAGUUGCUGAAGCUGAUCCGCAGGGUCCGCGAUGCCGAGCGAGAGGCCAUCGCCUCCGUCUUCGAUCUCUUGACCGAGGAUGGCUCCCCCUUGCAGAUGCAAGAUCUUCCCCGGGCACUCGUGGAACUAAAGUAUUUCGCAACAGAUGAUCUCAUCUUCUCCAUACUGGACGACUUGUAUCCGCUCGACAACCAAACGCACAUGAGCCAGGAUCAGAUAGCUUCUUUCCUCCGUGAGUUCCGUGAGAGAGAAGGUUUGACACACCUUGAGACGGCUGACAUUCGCGAGGCAUUUGAUCAUCAGUGCAAGGUGACAUCACAGCGAAAAUUUGUUCAGCAAUUGGAGGAUCCCGCCAUAACCAGCCCAAAGACACCUGCGCCUGCGAAGCCAGAAUCUGCGACAAAACUCAGACCCGCAGCGCCGAAAGCUUCCGCGCUGAGUCCAGUCCCUUCUCCCAAGGCAAGCAGCUCUCCGCGACCGGGCAGUCCUUUCAACCUCGAAUGUGCGCCCAUCGUCCGAGCAUUGGACUCACUGCAAGCGAGCCGUGUUAUGCGAUGGUUCAACUUUGCCAAGCCCAUGCAGGAGGUGCAACAGCUUCUUGAACAGUUCGAUCUUGACGGCACUGGCAAGCUGGAGUUCGAGGGGUUCUUGAAAUUGAUGCGCGGCUUCUUCUUGGCAGCUCAGCUUUGUCAAGCGUCGAGACGUUCAGAGCAGCUCGUGGAAGAGAGGGAAAAGCAAUGGAAUGUCUUCACGAAGCUCUAUGACGACACCAGCGUUGGCAUGACCAAGAGGGGAGAGCAAGCUGCGCGAACGGCAGGUUUCUCGCUCUUAGACACGAAGAAUGCCGUGUCGCGGUCUGCGUUCGAGUUGUUCUGCAGGAAUUUCAGAAAGCUGCUGAUCCAGGACGUUCGGCACAAUGCUUGCUACACCCCAAACGAGGUGGUGGCUCUUCGCGACUGCUUCGACCGAUUCGACAAGGACAAGAGCGGCACCGUCGAAAAUACUGAGCUCGCCAAGAUCAUUGCGGAAUACUUUCCUGAGGCCACGAAGUCGAAGGAUCCUUGGAUCUGUGAUAAACACUUCGAAAGCGCAUCCGCGCUGGGAGAUGGUUUGAAGUUCCGAGCCGCUAUGAGUGUAUCAGUCGUCGUCGCAACCGAGGAAGGCCGAGCAGAGGUGCAAAUCAUCCUCAAGGACGUGGAUCAAGAUGGACUUGGCCGACUUUCAUUCAGCACUCUGCUGGUUCUCAUGCGAAGAUGUGACGACAUUCGCGACGAAAGAGAUCUUCAUGCAGAAAUGCAAGUGGUAGAUGAGCUGGGCUUGGAUUACGAAGAGGUGGAGGGUUUCAGACAGAUCUUCGACUUGCAUUCCAAUUGGGUCCGGGAGCUGACCUUCGACUCCCUUCUUACUAUUCUCAGCCGCAUCGCCGACAUGAGUGAGGACGAUGUUAGUCUCCUGAGCGCCAUGGUCCGGGAGGUGCACCCCGAGCAGAAGCUGCUGCUGAGAUUUCCCCACUUUCUGCAAGUGAUGCGCCGCCUCACAGAUGAGAACACCGGCAACAUCAACCACGCUUGCUCGCGGGUUCUUCGGAAACAGAUCCAGCGAUGCGUGAAAUGUGAGGCAGCAGCGUGCGUCCAUGCUGGCUGGGCCAUGACCAACGAGUUGAUCUCCAUG